UCCAUGCCACAGUAACACCAUUCAUGCCACAGUAACAUCAUCCAUGCCACAAUAACACCAUUCAUGCCACAGUAACAUCAUCCAUGCCACAGUAACACCAUUCAUGCCACAGUAACACCAUUCAUGCCACAUUAACACCAUCCAUGCCACAGUAACACCAUUCAUGCCACAGUAACAUCAUCCGUGCCACAAUAACACCAUUCAUGCCACAGUAACACCAUCCAUGAUACCUACAGUAUAUUGACUAGUAAAGGCUCUUUUUUUUUUUUACCAUAAAAGAUUUAAUGGAUACAUAGUGCGUUAAAUAAACGGCUAUGUGGAAUUUGUCUUAUCUACGUGGCGGCAUUCAACGUGCUGGUAGCCUAUCUAAUCAACGGUAGAGUGAGUUGAGCAACGCCCCACGGCCCGCGCUUAACGCUAACCAGUCAUGAGAGACGUCACCACUAUCCCUCGCCUUUUCACCAGAGCGGCGUGUUUCAACUUUGCCAACUUCAUAUUACCAUGUACCGUCACCACUACUGACAGUGUAACUCACAAAAUAUCUGGCCUCGAAAAAGUAUUUCUAAGGCCAAUUUAACACAAGGGACGGUGGUUCAGGGGGCGUGAGGUCAUGUACACCCAGGAGGGAGGUGGGAACUGAUAUUGAAGAUGUUAUGGAAAUGACCAUGACUGACAGGUGAGCAACACGGGCAGCAAGAAUAGAAACAUAAGCAACAAUAGAAGAAAGGUGCAACAGGAAUAUCCACAACGGUAGUUAAGAUGGACUUUGUGAGCUGGGUGGUGGAGGGUGGUCCUUUAGUGGCGGUGUUCCUGCUGGUGACGCUGAUGCCUCUUACCCCUGCCCUCACCACCAUUACCAAUUCCCUCUCCACAGUCACCCACUCCCUCACCCCCGCCCUCACCACCGUCACCCACUCCUUUAUCCCCCAGCAUGCAAACAAACUAUACAAGAGAGUGCAAAAGGCUGGCCAAAAAAUUGUAUGUGAUGUUGUGCGAGAAAUAUACGCGAGUGAUCGGAUGAACACUGCAAAUGGAAUGAUACCUGUUGCUGAAUACUGCAAAUUGAUAAACAUCAAUCCAGUGUUUGACGAGAGGCAUCAACAUAUCUUGAUGUGCAACAUGAUGGAAACCGACUUUGAUGUUUUCUUCGGUUAUGAUGUUCUGAGUAAAGUGUGUGUCCAUGUGUAUGAUGAAUUGAGUGCUGAAUGUAACGAUGAUAUCAGCAAACUGUGCGAGUUAGUGGUCGAAGAAGUAUCAAGUAAGACUGAUAUAUCGUCAAGUGUGGAGAGCCUAAGGCGCACGCAAAGAGAUAUUUAUAAAUGCAUCAGUCAAGUUCUCCAAAAAGAUUUUAGUCAAAACCUAGCAGUAGCAGAAGCGAUGCUAAAUUAUAUUUUAGAGACAGAUUUAAAGUGUAAUGAGAUAUAUAUAGCAGAGGAAAGUGGCAUUUCAAUAUCUAACAACACAUCUCCACUGGUCAGUAAGUGUUACUGGGAACUGUCUGAACGUUACGAGAAACUGGGAGACCUCAACCCCCGCACCUGGAUGACCAGAGAAAAUGACGCCACGAUCAAAGAUUCCAGUGUCGAAUAUUUCCAAACAGAGAAAAUAUUCACGCAACUGAAAAUUUUGGAGGGCAAGAGAGUAAUUGAUAUGAAAGAUCUUCUAAGUGUAACGAGGAAGGUGUAUGGAGAGGUGAAGGUUCCUAAGGCGCUGUUACUCCAUGGUCUGGCUGGAUCAGGCAAGACCUCCUUGUGUCGCUACCUCGUCCAUGACUGGCGGAAGGGAGGGAAAGAGAUAAGCGCUCUUUGUCAUUUUGAUCUUGUUUUCUUUGUGGAAGUGCGUAGAGUCCGUUCAAAUCGUCUUAGAGAAUUUUUUAGAGAUGAGUUAAUGCCAACUACCUGCAUAGGACUGGAGUCUGAGAACAUCAUCCCAGCACUGAAGGAACUAGACAUAAUCUUCGUCAUCGAUGGUUACGAUGAAACGGAUAAAGUUUCCUCUGAACUUUUGGAAGACAUUUUCGCCAAAUUUGGGGAGAAGCGCAUUAUCAUGACCACCCGACCUGAGCUACACAUGGAUGCUGUUUGCAUGGCGAGGAGACAUGAGGUUGAUUAUAUGUCUCUGGAGGUGUGUGGGUUUGAUGUUGACAAGUGCCAGGAGUUCUCAAAGAAAGUAUUCAGUAUUAUGGAAGAGAAUGAGACGGAAUGCAGUAACCAGACAAGAGAAUUCUUGGAGUGCAUCCACGAGCGUGGGAAGCUCUUGGGCAAAUACCUGACACUUCCAUUAACUACAGCUCUACUCAUACUAAGUUGGAGACAUAAUCCCGAAGUUGUGAACCCGUCGGCCACAGCCACACGCAUCUACCAGGAAUUUUAUCAUCUUCUCCAUAAAAAACUUGCCGAGCGCUUGAGUAAAGACUUCAUUGGUGUCAGCGAGCUGCCGGACAUACUGGACGGUUUAUUGCUCUGUCUUGGUGAGCAAGCUUGGACUAUGGUUAAAGAAGAACUAUCCACAGUACCAGAUACCCUCCAAAAGAAGAUCGAGAUUGAAUGUGAAGCGAAGAGAAUCAAAGUAGUUGAAUUACUGUCAGGCUUCCACAUGUGCCAUCUGCCUGACGACCCUGAUGUGUGGAAGCUGAAGGUGGCCUUCCUGCACAGCUCUCAGAGGUGUUAUUUUGCUGCCACGUUCCUGGCUCACUGUCUGCAUAAAAAGUUAUUGAAGAUUCAGGAUAUUGGAAAUCAAGUAAAUGCUUGCCUAGGUCUUGAGCAAGUCCUCCUGUUCCUGACGGGUCAUUUAGCCCUCCAGAACAACCUUGCCACUUCGACAGUCAAUGAUAUUUUUAAUGUCUUAAAGAAAAUCGAUUUUGAUCCCCAAAACUUUGAUUUUUGGUGGCAUAUGUUUGUGGAGAGUCAUAGACACCCUCAGGUUGGUGCAAUUAUUGCCAGGGAUAAACUUCCACAUAAACAUUGGCAGUUGGACGAUGCGAAUGUCGUCUCAGCUCUCAAACUUCUCAGUUUUACCCCAGUUCGACUCAUGAGUCUUUCAAUUGACAUUCCCAGCACGAAGGAGCCUCACGAAAUCCCUAGUUUCCUCCAAGUGCUACAAGAAGUGGGUCAACACCUGAGAAAACGACAAAAAAAAAAUGUAAAAGUGGAACUGCAUCUUCGAAAACAUGUUAUGUAUGACCAAAAGACCUCUGACGACUUUCUGCGGGCACUGGAAUCCUGGAGUGACCUGACCAGCUUUAAAGGAAGCUUUGGAGAGCAACCAAAAGGAGAGGAGCUAUUGGUGGGCAGCUCCAGUCUCAGGACAAUGCAGAUCAGGGUAGCCACCUUAGGAGCCUUUACAUCUCUCAGCAACGGCCUCCGAAAGAUUUGCAAGAGCGUCAGAAGUCUCCACGUCACCUUGGCUCUACUUCAUGACUGUACAGUGGAAUCACUCUCGGAGCUGAGGCACAACGGGAACUUGGAGCUCACCCUGAUGGCCAUGAAGGACCGUCAGAAGGAGUGGCUGGUGUCAGUCGUUAAAACAGUAGGAGGAAGAGGUGGAUGCUGGCGCUUGAAUCUACAGGACAGCGAGAUGACCUACGGAGGCGUUGAGUGGGUCGUCACGCAGCUCAAGGGAUGCAUCCACGACAAGAUAUCCAUCGAAACUAUAAGCUAAUGAGAUACUGAUAUCGAAAGAGUUUAUUUAGCCAGAAAAAUACAGAUACAGAGUGGAUAAUAAUAACAAUAUUAACAUGGCUGAACCGGUAAAGAGCAUGAGUUCUCUUGAAGGCACCUGAUAUACUGUAUAUUGUGCAUUCAUCUCAAGGAAAUAUCAUGUAACAUUUAGUAUCAUCUGGAAUAGUACCCAUAGCAUGGUGAUAGAAAGAACACAUCAGAAUGUUACCACGGUUAUCACUUCGCUACUUAUUUUUUUUUUUUUUUUACAUCUAUAUUAGAAUAUAUACAUAUUUUACAGUGGAUUUGAUAUCUGGGUUGUAUUAAGGUGGAACAAGAGGACAAAGAUGUCAGUAUGUCUUGUCGGCAAAUAUGAUAAUUGCAAUGAUAAUAUCUAUCUACUUGACAAUUUCUGAUAUAAUGGUUUUGGUGGCAUCUUCGUGGUGUAGAUUAAGAUAAUCUUUUUUUUUCUAU